ACUUCUUCAACUUACACAUACACACACCACAGAGCUCACACUAUAAAUCAAGUCCUGGGAGAGAGAGAGAGUGAGAGCAAAGGAGGAGGAGAGAAAAGGAUGCUCAUAGCAGGUGCCAAAUAUUGAGGAAGACGAGAGCAAGAGAAUCAGACGAAGAGUGAGGAUGGAGCAGAGCUCUCACUGAACAUUCAGCCACAGGUUUUCAUACGAUCAGUCUUUGGUUUGCAAUAGUCUGUGUAUUUGGGCUCGUGUGUCUCUGCUGCAUGAUGCUGUGCUCUGCUGUUCUGGCAGUGCUGCUCCUGCUGGCACCACUGAAACCCAGCUAUAGCCGAAGUCUGCACACCCCUGAUCGGGCCAUGCAGGUUAUCGAGCAGUUCCUUGAGCGUUACAAUGACCUCUUGACUUUAGAUGACCUGGAAAAUCUCACCAGUGACCAAACAGAAGAGCCGGUACAGGUCUUUAAUUCUGGCAUAAAAGUUGCAGAAAGUCCCAAAUGGAUUGACAUACCGGUGCAGAAUGCAGAAAACUCCUGGGUUCGUCUGCUCAAGGGAGCUCUGGCCAAUCAAAAGCGGGCUUUGUCAGAUCGGUCACGGAGGGGCUGGAAUCGAGGUUGCUUUGGCCUGAAGCUGGACCGAAUCGGAUCUAUGAGUGGCCUCGGGUGCUAAUGACAGAGGGACAGAGCAAUUUGAGAUGGUUUGAGAUGGUUUUUAACAUCAAGUAGAUGUUCCUUAUAGUAACAGUCUGCAGUCAGUUUUUCUCAACUAUAUGGUGAUGUUCUCAUACAGAUUCUUUCAUAAAAUUCUUACUUUUCACAGUCUUUCUGAUAAUAUAUUGUCAUAGUGUAUUGUAAAUUGUUUAGUAUAAUGUGCUGUAACUUUUUAGUGAUUCUAGUUCUGUCUAUACUGUAAUGGUAGAGGAGUAAAAUACAUGUUUUUGUGUUCUUGGUUAUGUAUUGUUAGAUAAUACAAACAUCUUGUAUUAGAUUAUUGCGAAUCAUGGAAUUAUAUUUCAUAUAUUAAAAAAUGGAUUAACUAUGAACUGUGUUUAAGACUGUUUUGAAGGACAUGCAUGAGGAAAACACAGUUCAUCUUUAUGUUUGUGUAUAUUCGGCAUGAAUAAAAUUGUUAAAUGUG